AUGGGACCCAUGAUGAGCAUUCAGAAGAAUAUGAACAAGGGCGGAGGUGCAACAUCAGGAGGAGGAGGUUUGGGAGGCGCGGGGAGCGGGCCGACCGCGGCUGCUGCGGUGGCGGCAGCUCAGAAGCAGAAGGCACUGCUGCAGAGAGUGGAGACCGACAUCGCCAACAUCGUCGACAAUUUCAGCCACCUCGUCAACGUCUCCAGAGUGAAUGAUCCUCCUAUCAGAAACUCUCAGGAAGCUUUCAUGAUGGAGAUGCGUGCUGCUCGAAUGGUCCAGGCAGCCGAUUCUCUACUUAUCUCGGAGUUGAAACAGACGGCAAUAUUUUCAGGGUUUGCCUCCCUCGAUGACCACGUAGAGAAAAGAAUUGUGGAAUUCAACCAGCAAGCCAAGAACACUUCCCGCAUGUUGGCUAGAAUCGGGGAGGAGGCAGCUGGUAGCCUGAAGGAGCUCGAACCCCAUUACUACUCUUCCCCGCUGAGGACUGCUCAAAACGUGCAGCCACGAGCUUGGCAUUUACAGUGGAAACUAGUGUAAUGCUUUUACUUGAUUAAGACCAUUGGUAUUUUGUUUAAUGUUUUCAAACAACCUUAAAGUCUUCUCUCUGAACUGUGUGCUCUUAGACCUAACAAUACAAGUUCUGUCUAAUAUAUGUUCUCCGACCGGAGAUAUAAUA